GUAAACAAGGACAAGCCGGGGCUGGCCCCCGCCCACGCCACCUGGGCCGGGUCCUCGGAGACCGAUCCAGAGUCCACCUUGUCUGGCUGUCCGCUCCGGCUAAAUGCUGCUGGCCUCCUUCCCACCCUUUACCCUCACAGCCCCGGGCGGCCGUGCCAGGCCCUCCGCGGUCACUGUGCCAGGCCAUUCUGCGGGAAGCACGUCGGGGGGCGGGGCCUAAAGUUCUUCCUCCCCAGCGAUUGGCGUGGCCCCAAGUUCUGGAAGUGUCUGCCAGUCCCGGGGACGCCUCCGGGUUGGCGCUGGGGUGAGAGCACAGCGGGACAAAUAAAAGGCGGCGCGCGGGUGCCGGGAGACCGAGUCUCAGCCCCUGCACCUGCGACCCGGCGCAGCACCCGCACCCGCGCCCGCACUGCACCUGUGCGCUCCCUUGCCCGGUUCUGCGCGCGCUCCUGCCCAGGGCAUCAGGAUGAAGGCUGCCCGCUUCGUGGUGCGCAGCGCCGGCUCCCUGAGCGGCGCCGGCCUGGUGCCCCGGGAGGUCGAGCUCUUCUCGCGCUACAGCCCGUCCCCGCUGUCCAUGAAGCAGCUGCUGGACUUCGGUUCGCACAAUGCAUGUGAAAGGACUUCUUUUGCAUUUUUGAGACAAGAAUUGCCUGUGAGGCUAGCCAAUAUCCUGAAGGAAAUUGAUAUCCUUCCUGAUCGAUUAGUGAAUACCUCUUCGGUACAGUUGGUUAAAAGCUGGUAUAUCCAGAGCCUAAUGGACUUGGUGGAAUUCCAUGAGAAAAGCCCAGAUGACCAAAAAGCCUUAUCAGAAUUUGUAGAUACGCUCAUCACAGUUCGAAAUAGACACCAUAACGUAGUCCCUACGAUGGCACAAGGAAUCAUAGAGUAUAAAGAUGCCUGUACAGUUGACCCAGUCACCAGUCAAAACCUCCAGUACUUCUUGGAUCGAUUUUACAUGAACCGCAUUUCUACCCGGAUGCUAAUGAACCAGCACAUUCUUAUAUUUAGUGAUGAGAAGACAGGAAACCCAACCCAUAUUGGAAGCAUUGAUCCAAACUGUGACGUGGCAGCAGUGGUCCAAGAUGCCUUUGACUGUUCAAAGAUGCUCUGUGAACAGUACUAUUUAACAUCUCCAGAAAUGAAACUCACACAAUUGAAUGUUAAAUCUCCAGGCCAACCAAUUAACAUUGUGUAUGUUCCGUCUCACCUUCAUCAUAUGCUCUUUGAAUUAUUCAAGAAUGCAAUGAGAGCAACAGUUGAACACCAGGAAAACUGCCCUUCCCUUACGCCAAUUGAAGUGAUUGUUGUCUUGGGAAAAGAAGACCUUACAAUUAAGAUUUCUGACAGAGGAGGUGGUGUUCCACUGAGGAUUACUGACCGCCUCUUCAGUUACACAUACUCCACAGCGCCAACACCUGUGAUGGAUAAUUCCCGGAAUGCUCCUCUGGCUGGUUUUGGUUAUGGCUUGCCCAUUUCUCGCCUGUAUGCCAAAUACUUUCAAGGAGAUCUGAAUCUCUACUCUUUGUCAGGAUAUGGAACAGAUGCUGUCAUCUACUUAAAGGCUUUGUCUUCUGAGUCCAUAGAAAAACUCCCAGUCUUUAAUAAAUCAGCUUUCAAACAUUACCAGAUGAGUUCUGAAGCUGACGACUGGUGUAUCCCAAGCAAGGAACCAAAAAAUCUGGCAAAGCAGAAAGUGGCCAUGUGAAGAGGGACAUUCAGGACACUCUGUGGAUCAAAGUGGGUCUAGGGCAGUGUUGCUUCUUGAACGUUUGUGUGUGAAGUCUUGUUUCCACAAAAACAGAUCACAGCAACAGAAACAUUCAUCCAGUGAGGAAUGGUGUUUGUUUCCGUGACCCAGGAGAAGACAGGGCAGAACUAUAGGAGCCUUGUUCUGCAAUGUAGAAUGACUCUUCCGUGUACUGCAGAUCCUGUUUUCCAUCUCUUAUCAGUAGGCAUAGAGGAGUAAAAAUGAAGACAGAUGUUAGCAGUUUCAAUUGGAAGAUAUUUUAGAACAUCUUGUUGGUAUCAAAAGAUACUGGUACUUGAUGAGUAUCAAGUGUUAAGAUACCAAGAUUUUCCUGCCGUGCAAUGGAUGAAGUUUAGUUUACACUAUGUGAUUAGAAAUGUAUGUAAAUGUACAUUUCAUUGAUACUGGAUUUAUAUGCCCCAGGGAGAAAGGGACAGUGACUAAAAUAUUGGGCACUGUAGUUAAAAGAGGAAGAAGGAAUCAAAACGUUUUAUUCACAGUUGCAGCCAAGACAUUGGGCCUCUUUUGAUCAUCACUACUCUUUUAUCAUGCUGCUUUUUCUAUUCCUAUUUCAUGCAAUAAGCCAGUGCUUAUUGCCAGGUGCCCAGUCUUGGGUGAAUUGUGAAAGGUGCACCGAAUUCAGGAAGUUGGAUAUUGUAGAGAGCAAAGAAUUGCCAAAGUGACAGCAAAACUACACCUUACCUUACUUUGCUUAUAAAUGAAACAGUAGGUUGGAAAAACUAUUGUUAGGGAGAGAAAUCUCCUAUUCGGCACCUAAACUCAGUAGAGUUUAAGACUGUUCUCCACCACGAAGUGGUGAUAAUGCAAAAGCAUCCGUUUCUUAAGUUUUAAAAAUGGUAUUGUUGCUACAUUGGAUUAUAUUCUGUACACUCCAGCAUUAACAUGGCUGUUAAACAUUUUCCACUUGUCAUAUGUCCCAAGAACAUUAGAAUUUAAAUACUUUGUGGAGCAUUUUAUAAAAACAAAUAACCUGGAAGUAAGAAGUUCUCAUGCCCAGGAUGCUUUCAUCCAAGAAUCGCUGGGAGUGAGAGCUCGUGAGUGAAAGCUGUAAUGCAGACAGCACUGUAGAGAAUUGAGACUCUGCAGGUCUGCAGCUAUUCAGGCAAAUCUCUCUUAGAUAAGAAGUGAAUAAAGAAAUGAAAGAUGUAAGGGAAAGAGAAAGGGAAGAAAUCAGAAGGCGGGCAUCUACCUAUUCUCCCCACAAGCUAUUCCAAGGAUUGAUUUGUGUUUUCAUGAGUAAAUGAUGGACCAGAGGAUGAAUUGGUGUCUUUCAAAGCAGUGUACCUUCUUUUAGUGGCUCCCACACUUACAAGGAAAUCGAUGUAUCUUGAGAUAAUAAACUCACCUGUGUUAAAUCGUGUGUAAGCUAGCACAUAGGAAGAAACCUAGAACUCUGCAUUGCUCAGCACUGUUUGUAUGUUGAAUUUAACAUCUAUCUUUCAUGUUGUGAUGACCUAGAAGCUAGGUCUUCAAGAGUUAUGGUGCUUCUGGUUGUGGCAAGAGGGGCCUCAACCUUUCCUUGUGCAUUUCAGAUAUAAUCACCAGAAGUCCUCAACCGUGACUUUUCUUGAUGGUGGGACUUUGACUGUGCACUUACCAAUUACACAAAACUGUUUGCAAUGGGUUGUCUGUUGUUUCGGUUUCUGAUUGAAAUUUGAGUGAAAUAUGUUUGCAUGUAAAUAUUUGUAUUUACCAAAGAUUUGGAGCAGUUAAUUAAUUAACCCAGACACUACAAACUAUCUUUGAAAUACUAAAAUGUGAAUAAAAAAGAAAAGGUAGUAACUCAGUUACAUCAUCUGUGUAAGUAAAUAAAAAGUCUACUUUGGUUUUUGUGGAGUAGAUACAAGACCCUUAGGAUUCUAGUGGUUGGCUACUAAGUGCUCAGGCCCACAUAGAUUAUUAAUGUAUGAGUUCUGUUCUCGUCUUUGAGUUAUGUACAGAGAAAUGUGAUAAUUUUUAUAAUAAAUAUUUUUAGUAUUAA